CGUGGUCGAUGCUGGUGCCGACGGUGGAUGAACGUCUCCGUAAUCCGCAAGACUCCCUCCUUUCGUACUUGUCCUCGAAAAUAUCGUCGGGAGGAAAGAAGGACGAAAAGAACGAAGCUGCGUUCUAAAAUUCUUUUUCGAGUCCGCAGCUGCUGCGGUCCGGGAAACAGGAAAGUGUCGAAGAUCCAUUACAGAUAUCAGGGAACAGUGUUGAACUUUUCCGAGUGCGUCACACAGGCUUCCGAGAAUUGCGCAUAUAUACGCGUGCGGAUAUCGUGUAUUCAUAAAAUCGAUUUGACUUUGUUGUAUCUCGAGCCCACCACACUCGAGGAGAUAUGCAAACUUUCGGAAUCGUUUCGAUCUCGCAUAUUUUUGCCCUCGUAUGUAUGCAACGCACAAAGUUUAACCCCUUAUUUUUGCUGGUGUACAGAUUCCGGGAUCGCGAUCUCGCACGGUUUUUGCAAAUCUCAGCUCCGUGAAUUUAAGCGACGUUACUAAACUUUGGGGAAUGUAUGGCUUUUGAGGAUUGCGUCUAUACUGCGAGGAAAAAGUUUCUACAACACCCGGAAUGUCCGAAAUGAACUUUUGUAAUCCUUUGUAAAUAAUACAAUAAUUGCGCGUCCAAUGGAAAGCGACUCGUCGACGGGGCAGAAAGGAAGGAACGAUCGAGGAGAACGAACGCGUUUCCUCGAGACAAAGACACUUCGAGUACAACCCCGGCCCAACAUUCUUUGACAAAAGGAAACACAAAGUUAAGGAAGCACUUUUUCGUUCAACCGCAGGCGAGGGGAGAGAAACAGCCGAGGAAGAUUGUAACGAGGACGGCCAACACAAUGCAUCGUUGAUACGCCGGCUUCCCUUACUCCGGAUACUCUUGAGAUAGCAAAAAAAUAAAGUGAAAAAAAAAACAGAAACAUCAAUCGAUUCCAACCCUCCGAGGCCCUUCUCUUUCGUUUCGUCUCGCAGAGUCUCUCGUUCAAUUUAUUUCACCGCGGUAAACUCGGUGCCCAACGUUCUUUAGCGUGAGCCACUAACUCGGGGGCAAAUAAUCAGCAAAGGCGAGUGUACCGGGAGGAAAUUUGUGAGAUAAAGGAAAAGAGGGGGAGAGACACGAACGCGGAGGUCUUUCGUGCACGCUCGGUGCAUUACGAGACCGCGAAACUCGCGGUCUAUACGCUCCGUAAAUAUCUACAAUCAAUGAGUAAAUAAUUGAUUCAAUGCGGAUUUAAAUGCGACACUCGAAUCUUUGCCCCAUUCAUGGAGGAGUGAGUUCUCAGUCGCUCGUGGCUGGAGCGGAUGGAAAGCUCGUUGGAGAGGUGCUUGCAAAAGCAUUUAAAAAAUAAUAAAAAUAUUUUCGGACCGGCCAUUUUCGUCUGCGAAUAACUGCAGGGAACAUUUGACCCUCGUCCUGGUUUCUUCCCCGAUGGCGUCGACGGGUACGGAACGAGCAGCGAGAUCGAAUAAAUGGUGGGCCAAAAAGAAGACGCGGAAAGAAUCGAAGUUGCCUCCAAAAGCGAUGGGUUCUUGGAUGAAAGAAUUGGUCGGCGACGGACGAAUCUUUGGGGAAAAACCCAAAGCCUGGGAGUCUGCUCCUCAAAUCGGCAUGGACAAGAUUCGAGCUCGGACGGACAUGGGAAAAUAUUUGGUGAACUUUGCCAAUUCCUCGACCAUCCACGGACUCAAUCAUCUGGCAGCCCCGCAUCGUCAUCCUUUCGAGAAGUUCCUCGCAGUCGUUUUCAUCCUGGCUGCCCUCGUGUGUCUGAUCCUUUUGUCACUGAUUUUCUGGGAUCGUUAUCAGAACCAAGCUGUCAUAUCAAUCGUCGACAAUGAUUACAGGGGCUUCACGAUCACGCAGCCCUCGAUGAUGAUCUGUCCGCUCGAAAAAUACGACGAGAACAAAUUUCCCACUGUUUUUGCCAAAUACGGUAUCGAAGAUACGGACGAAGCGAGAGGAUUUUUUGGUUUCCUUUCGAAUGCUACUUACGAAGAGUUUCCAAACACCCCCAUUUACAGCGCUGUGCCAUCGUCGAAAUGGUUAGAAAUACUUUGGGAAUUGAAACCUAACGUCGAGACUGACAAACGUGAUCAAUCAUCCAGAUCUUGGAUCGUUACCGAAAGGGGACUUUGCUUGAUAUUCGACUCACUGAUCAGUGAUUACUUUUCCUACGAAUAUUGGAUGGAAAAAAAUUGGACAGUCGUGCCGCUGCCUGAAAAAAUUCCAUCGUACAGGUACGAGCAGCGAGAAGAAACUCGUUCCAUCAAUAUCAUAACGCACGCAGUGUUCGCGAACAGCGUUAAUCCGAUUAACAUUCCGAAUUACAUGAAGGCUGGCUUCUUGAUAAAACGAAGACAUCAUGCGGCUAUCGAAAUCAAUCCGACGCAAAUAAAAACUUCGGCAGCGGUUAAGAGUCUGUCCAUCUAUCAACGGAAAUGUAAAAACUUGGGGGAGGAUAGACUCAAAUUAUUUCCGGUUUACACCCAACGUAUGUGCAGCCAGGAAUGCAAAUUUGAUCGUAUGCUCAAGAGAUGCGGCUGCUAUCCACAUUUUGCGAGACCAUUACCUGGAAUUCCCAUCUGCACGGCAAGACAAUUACGCUGCUUAGGUGAGAACCACGAUGAAUUCAUUCAAGUGUACCUCACAGCGGCCAAGACUUGCAAAUGUCUUCCAAAUUGUGACACAGUCACGUACGAAGACAUCGAAAUGGGCAGCAUACCCAUGAAAGAAGGAUCGCCCAUGGAUGCAGUUCUCAAUUACCACAUCGAUUUCCCCUCCGAGACUAUACGUCGUGAGCUCCUGUUCGGAUUCCUCGAUUUUCUGACAUCCGUCGGUGGGGCAGCGGGCUUGUUUCUCGGUGCGAGCGUAAUAUCCUUCGUCGAGAUCAUCUACUACGCGACCCUUCGCCUCUGCUGGUACAGGAUUGGGAUACGAAAAGAAAGAGAAAAUAAAUUAAAAAUUCAAAAAAUUAUGGUUAAACAAAAUUGUGACAAAAUUCUUCUCAAGUAUUGACGUUUUCGGAUGCUUGGCAUCGAAAAUUAUUUGAAAAAACAGAUUGACGAUUUUAAAAUAUUAAAACAUGUAUUCUUAAGUCGAUGCUAUGGUUCAACGCUUUUUUAUAGUCGACGAAUUAGAAAAAGUUUUCAAAAAGUUUCUCAGUCCAUUGAAGGUGAAUGUCUGGAAACUAUUCCUCCCUACUUGAACUGUCGAUAACAGCAGAGAACAGAUUUUAUUGAUUCUUUGAUAAAACUUCUGCUUUUUUAUUGACGAAGGGAUGGGCUCGUAAAAACCCGGUCGGGUAUACGUGGAAAUGAUAAAGAUCAAAAAAAUUAUGUUAAUGAAAACAGAGCUAAAUAAAAAGGUUCGAAUAACUGGAAAA